AAACCCUACAUUGCCGCUGCGGAGCCUACAACUAACUACACCCGCUAAAUCCUUCGUUUACCGUUGCAUUACACGUUUUGUUUACCCCUUGUUUUUUAAUUUGAAUAUCUGGAGCAUACCUCUAAAACAGCGCUUCACAUUUCUUGGGCUAAGCCGGUCUGUGAUAUCCAGGCAGCAGCAGAGGGUAAGCGUUUCUGUUUUGGGGGUUUGAAGCUACUCAACUCGGCCCCUGCUUCGUUCCGGGCGAGUUCGCGGGAACGAAUCCUCACCCUUCUCCAGUAGAAUAAGCGACCUUCCCUCCAAAACCCUUGUGGAGCGGGAAUUGGAUAUUGAUAAGUGUUUGACAAGAGGGACGGUUUCAUGCCUAAGCGUCGAAGAAAUGACGACCGGGGCUCCAAAGGAGCCUCUGCUUCAAAAAGAAGAAGAGGAAGAGGAAGAGGACCCGGAGUGGGAUACUCUAUAAAAGCCUCUCGGCGAGCAUUACAAACUAGUAAUGAUGUUGAGGACGACAAGAAUAAUAGUUUUGAGAAGGAAGAUGUUUCUCGGUCUGCUCUUGGUAGAGAUAACACUCAUCAGACACUCGGUAAGGAAAACUUAACUGGUUGUGCAGCAGGAAAAAGACCUCGGGAAUAUUUUGAAAGGGGAGCUUUUUUUAAAGAGGCAUCCCCAGCUUCUUCUGCUAGUCCAGCGUUAGAAUUCAGCGAGGACGAGGAUAAGGAUGAGGAUGACGAUGGCGGUGAAUUUGCCUUUAAUUCCGACGAUGAAGAGUUUGACGCUGCAAAUGUUCUUCAGCGUUCACAGCAGAAGUCAAGUGAUGCUGAGAAAUUAGCGCCGAAGCCGAAGCCUAUGCCUACCAAUGGACAGAGCAACGGGGAAUCUUUCUUGAGUCAAACAAGAUUUGAUGACUGUAAUAUCUCACCACUCUCAUUAAGGGCAAUCAAAGAUGCUGGUUAUGAACGAAUGACAAUUGUCCAAGAAGCAACUCUUCCUUCUAUCCUCGAGGGCAAGGAUGUGUUGGCCAAGGCUAAAACUGGCACCGGAAAGACAGUAGCAUUCUUGCUUCCUGCUAUUGAGGUGAUUUUGAAGUCACCACCUAUCAGUAGAGAUGAGAGAAGGCCUACCAUCUUUGUAAUUGUAGUUUGUCCUACUCGGGAACUUGCAGGUCAAGUUGCUGCAGAGGCCGAAUCUUUGUUGAAGUACCAUGCUAAUAUUGGUGUGCAGGUAGUGAUUGGGGGCAAAAAGUUGUCUGCACAGCAAAAACGUCUACAAGCAAAUCCUUGCCAGAUGUUAGUGGGCACACCAGGAAGGCUUAAGGAGCAUAUUGAGACUACGCCUGGUUUCUCACAAUGUUUGAAGGGAGUGAAAGUGCUUAUACUUGAUGAAGCAGACCGCUUGCUAAAUAUGGGAUUUCGUAUAGAACUAGAAAAAAUAAUUGCUGCUGUACCCAAAGAAAGGCAGACUCUAUUUUUUUCAGCAACAGUUCCAAAAGAGGUUCACCAAGUGUCCCAAAUUGCUUUAAAAAGAGAACAUGAAUUUAUCAACACAGUUGAAGAGGGUAGCGAGGAAACUCAUUCAAAGGUGUUACAGUCAUCAAUUGUUGCCUCACAAGAGAAGCAUUUCUCGUUGAUUUAUGGGAUUCUCGUGGGGCAUAUCUCACAGGACCCUGAGUACAAGGUUCUUGUUUUCUGUAUAACUAUUUGCGUUACAAGGGUAGUUACCACGCUUCUAUCCGAGUUGAAACUGAAUGUUCGUGAGAUUCAUUCAAGAAAAUCUCAGGGUCAGAGGACACGUAUCUCUGAUGAAUUUCGGAAAUCAAAAGGCCUUAUACUUGUUACAUCAGAUGUCUCAGCCCGUGGAGUUGAUUAUCCUGAUGUCACUCUUGUUAUUCAGGUUGGUUUACCUUUUGAUCGAGAGCACUACAUACACAGACUUGGUAGAACUGGACGCAUAGGUAAAGAUGGUCAGGGAAUUUUGUUGCUUUCCCCAUGGGAGAAGUUUUUUCUGAAAUCUGUGAAAGAUUUGCCCAUUACAAAGGCACUACCACCGACCAUAGAUAAAGAAACGUAUAUGAAGGUAAAGUGUGCUUUAUCUCACGUUGAUUUGCGCGAUAAAGAAGCAGCUUAUCAAACAUGGCUUGGAUUCUACAGUUUUAAGAAAGGAAUUGCAAAAAAUAAGACAAGGCUUGCUCAACGUGCAAAUGAGUUUAGUCGUUCUAUGGGCUUGGACACUCCUCCAGCAAUUAAUAAAUUAACUCUUGCCAAGAUGCGUCUUAAUAAUGUUCCAGGGCUGCGGUCUUCAGAAUGACUCAUCUUGCACUUAUGAUGAUUAUGCUAUUCUGACUAAAGUUAAUGUUGUGGAUGCCAUUUGAUGAUUUCUGAGUAGUAGAGUUCAUGCAUCUCCAGUGCUUCCAAUAUUCUCGUGUUCUUCAGAAAUCACAAAUUUGCUUCGAAUUUGCUCUGCAUGAUGGAGCGACCCAAGGGAGCAUGUGAAUUGAUGAAACCAUUUGCUGAGUAUUUUCAGGCAGCAAUGAAAAUUAUUAGUAUGGAUAGUGUCUUCUCAAGAAUAAUAUUUCCUAAUUUAUGUUCUUGUCAAGUCACUCCUCUAUGGAUGCUUAAGAUUCAUACUGAUGUGAGGAAUGACCAAUUUAGGACUAGUUGAGAACUGCGACUUUGGUUUCCAGAUUUUGACAUAUUCAGUUUAGUCGUUUGUAUUGUUUGACUAUUUAUUGUCCUAUCAUUGGAGGACAGCUAAAUUUUUUCUUGUUUAUUGAAAUUUCCCCUUUUCCAUA